CUUCCUUACUCCUAUUGUUUUAUUCCAUUUGUUUUCACUUGCUCUUCUUACUUCCUUUUCGGAUCAACAUCGUAUUUACCUUUGUAUUUCACCAUCCCUCCCUCCAUUAUCUUACCUGUACCUUCACAAUGCCUCCAUUCGCGGGUUCUGUUGACAAGGACGAGGACGUACCCAUGGCCGGGAAUCCGCCCUCGGAAUCGUUGGCAGGCAUCGAAGAGGCAGCGCCUCUCUACCUGGAGUACAUUACUUCCGAAUCAACUAGGAAUGAUCUUCUCUCCAUCAUGCCUGGUAACAACCUCACUACAUAUGCGUUCUGCGCAGUAGCUGAAGAGAGUGAUGCUGCCAAACUGGAGAUAUUGGAAGCCAUCACAGAGUACUUCCAAGAUCCAGCACCUGGGAAAAGCCGGGAAACAUUCAUCGUGUCGCCGUUCGACGACAACAUCAACUUCCUCGUGAGAUAUAGGGCUCAUUCUCAUGGCUGGAGCUUGGCGAUCCUUGAACCCUCCGACCUGAUAAGAGACGUGCCAGCAUGGCUGGUACACCUCCUUGAUCGUGUUUUCGAUAUCAUGCGUCUCCGGAUUCCCUACUUUGAGCCUAAGGGAUUCAGAUGGUUCUUGCAUCAGCGAUUUGUUCACUUCGGCACCGACCCAUCAAAUACUCUAUUCCCCUUGAUGUUUCCCCGCAUAGAAGAGGUUCGCAGCGACUGUUUCUGGGAGUUUGCGGGCAAGGAGUCCAGAAGCCAGCUUUACGGCGAUGGUCUUAACCUUGUGGACUGCUCUGAGUCUAUGUUGGAGGACCAAUUGGCAGGUGAUGAGGGUGAAGGGUCCCAGGUUCAGCCUCGUUCCCGUGAUCGUUCUCGUUCGCCGCCCUCUCUUCGUCGGAGCAGCCGCGUCAAGCGGAGAAGAAUCAACUACAGUGAAGUUUCGGACAUCAACGUAGACUUGCGAGCCAAGAGCAGUCAUGACGAUAAGGACGAUCUUCACAGCGAUUGCGAGCAGGAAUCUCACCUGACUUCUGUAGAGCAAUCCGAAACUGUCGAGUUCUCUUCACCAGAAGACGCCGUUCCAGAUGCCUAUGGUAGCACAACUGCAAACGCUGCGAUUGUCUGGGUCUUGGUCUCUAUAGUGGCAGAAGGGCUCGCUCCCAGUGACCUCAAAGGUCUAUAUACUCCUGAAGCCUGCAGCCAGCUAUAUGAGUCUGAUGAAAAUGCUGAGUUUAGGCGCAAGGCUCUGCUGGGACCAAACUGGGAGAGGCUCAGAGGUGCAUCGUCUUUCGAAGGCGAGCAACCACAGGAAGGGGGGCCUUUUGGUCUCAAGGAUGUGGAUUCAGGUACCUACGGCAGAUGCUUAGCUUUCUUACACAGACUCGCCGAACACGAACCGUUGUGUGUUGGGCGCUGCCUCGCGUGCGUCCGGUGGGAAAGAAGACUUGCGUCACCUGUCCUACACCCUAAAAAUGCACAAAGCCUUCGCACCAAAAGAAAGCAUUGCCAAAGGGGUCAGAGCAAUGUUACAUGUGCCUGCAGUUUGUGGGAAACAUCUAUUCUCACGUCCGCGAGUGUCGUGGUCGAUGCCAGAACUGCGUUGCAAAAAAGGUGCCUUGCACGCGAGGAAACUUUGCAGGACACCACAAAUGCAAGGAUUACAACGCCAAAGAUCAAGAUUGUGGUAACUCUUCGCAUGACAAGAAAGGGACUUGUCUGA